AUGUUCGUCGGGGUUGGCUCCCGCCGGAUUCGCGAUCUCUUCGCUGCGGCGAAGGCGCGGUCCCCUGCGUUAAUUUUUAUUGACGAGAUCGACGCCCUCGGGGGAAAGCGCUCGCGCGCCGACCACGCCUACUCGCGUAUGACCCUUAACCAACUUCUUGCCGAGAUGGACGGCUUCCAGACGAACGAGUCGGUGAUCAUUAUUGCGGCCACGAACACGCCGGAGACCCUCGACAAGGCGCUCACUCGGCCUGGACGGCUGGAUACGACGAUUACGGUAGAUCCGCCGGAUAUGAAAGGUCGUGCGGAGGUCCUUCAGAUUUAUCUGGACAAAAUAAAGGCCGACAGUUCGGUGAACGCGAUGGAGAUUGCUCGGGGGACGACGGGGUUCACGGGUGCUGAGCUGAGCAAUCUCGUGAACCUCGCCGCGAUCCGGGCCGCGGUUCUGAAUAGGCCUGUUGUGGGCAAAGAUGAGAUCGAGUACGCGCGGGAUCGGGUGAUGAUGGGGGCAGAAAGCAAGAAGGUCAUCCCCGAGAAGGAGCGGUUGAUUACUGCCUAUCAUGAGGGCGGACAUGCGCUGGCGGCGAUACUUUUGAAGGACGAGGGGGCGGAACCGGUGCAUAAGGCGACGAUUGUCCCUCGUGGGAAUGGAAUUAUGGGGUUAGUCCAACAAAUGCCGGAUCGAGAUAAAUACAGCCGAACUCGGCGAGAAUGUCUAGCCUCGUUGAAGGUGUGCGUUGCCGGGAGGAUUGGAGAGGAGGUGUUGCUUGGGAAGGAAGAUAUCACCACCGGGGCAGGGUCGGACUUCCACCAGGCUACCAACAUCGCGCGAAAUAUGGUUCGCCGCUAUGGGUUUAGUGAUGAUAUGGGAUUUAUUGACUACGAAUCCUCCGAUACUCCGGAAGGGGCUUACAUGUCCGACGAGACCAAACGGAAAAUCGAAAAAGCGGUUCAAGAACUAGUCAACAAUUCCUACGUUGAGGCCAAGAAGCUUUUGGAGAGCCAUCGGGCUGAGUUAGAUUGCAUUGUGAACUAUUUGCUAAAAUAUGAAACCCUAAGCGGUACUGACCUAGAAAAAAUUUUAAAAGGGGAGCCAAUUCCCCCACGAACAGUCGAAUCAAAGCCAGCUCCAGCGCCUCGAAACUCUUCUUCCAAUGAAUCCAGACGAGGAAAGCCGAAAACGGUUCCGAUAUCCUGA